ACGACAGACACGACUGUGCCCGCCCGGUUCAUGGUGGACCACCGCCCCAAAGACUGCUGGGCUGAGCCCUGGUGAGGAUCUUGUGCUUCUGAAAAUGUUUUGCAGGAUGUUUGCACUUUAACCCAAAUCGUGUCCCUUGAAACAGCAGCGCAGGGGAAAUCCUGUCAAUCAAUAUGGCGUAGUUGAAAAUGGAAAGUGCACGUCAAUGAAUGCCCUGGGGUGCGCGUGCCCACGCACGCACCUCGUCUCGUCAGUGUGUGAGUCGCGUCAGUUGUCGGCCGGCUGCUGUCGGCUGAGCACGCCAUCGGGCCAGUCUGCUGCUGCUGCUGCUGCUGCUGCUGCUACUCUUGUUUUGUUUGACGUCGUCGGAUUUCCCACCUUUUCAUUUCCGCUCUUCCUCAGGGCUAAGAGCGUCGCGGUGAGCGGCAGAAGGUCAGCUGGCAGGAAAUCAACGAUGGAUCAGCACGAGUGGCGGCGCGCCAGAGACAGGGGUCACUGUCGCUACGACGACAACGGCGACGAGGACGUGGAGGCAUCCUACUUGGGCAGUCCGGCUUCCCGCCGGCAGAAGCGACGUCGCCGGCGCUCAUCGGAACGCCGGCACGACGGCGAGCACGCCGCACGCCGCUCUCACUACGAGCGACGCGCCUGCCAGGAGCACAGCCAGCACGCCCGGCCGGCCUUCUACCGGGACAGCGACAACGAUGACGACCAAGGCCGCGACCGCCACGCUCAGAUCGUUGAGCGCGCCGACCUCUCAGUGUCGCCGGCGGCCGAGCGGCUUCGUCACAUCCUGGGGGAGGACGACGGCACGCCCACGCCCACCAUCUUCACUGAGAUGGACACGCUGCAGCAGGAGGGCGGCGAGCUGGAGUGGAAGGAGUCGGCCAGGUGGGUGAAGUUCGAGGAGAAGGUGGAGGAGGGCGGCGAGCGCUGGAGCAAACCGCACGUGUCCACGCUGACGCUGCACAGCCUCUUUGAGCUGCGCACGUGUCUGCAGACCGGCAGCAUCCUCCUGGACCUGGAGGCCUUCUCCCUAGCGCAGAUUGUCGACGAGAUGGUGGAGCGGCAGAUCGCCGAGGGCCUGAUCUCAGAGGAGGUGAAGGACAAGAUCGUCUUUGUGCUGCUGCGUAAACACCGUCACCAGACCAAGAAGCCCAUCCAUCGCUCGCUGGCCGACAUCGGGAAGUCGUCCGCCGCCGGCACCAACCGUAGUCCUCAGGCCAACCUGAGUCGCACCAGCUCGGCCGUCCGGCGCUCCACCGAUGACCUGCCGACGCGACGCGCCGGCAGCCUGGGAGGCCUGCAUCACGCGCAGAGCCGCAGCAUGAACGACAUUUCGGAAACGCCCAGCUCCGACCAGAUGAGGAACAAAUUCAUGAAGAAGAUUCCCCGCGAUGCCGAGGCGUCCAACGUGCUGAUCGGCGAGGUGGAUUUUCUGGACAAGCCUUUCGUGUCCUUUGUGCGCUUGGCUCAGGCCGCGACGCUGGGCGGCCUCACCGAAGUCCCGGUGCCCACCAGGUUCCUCUUCAUCCUCCUGGGUCCUCCGGGCAAGACCAAGUCGUACAACGAGAUCGGGCGCGCCAUCGCCACGCUGAUGGUGGACGAGCUUUUCAGCGACGUAGCCUACAAAGCGCGGGAGCGCGAGGACCUUAUUGCUGGCUUGGACGAGUUCCUGGAUGAGGUCAUUGUGCUGCCCCCGGGAGAAUGGGACCCCAAAAUCCGCAUUGAACCCCCCAAGAAGGUUCCGUCGGCGGAGAUGAGGAAGUCCGUGCUGAACUUGAACGAGCCGCCGGCUCAGACCAACGGCUCGGCCGGGGGGGCGGCCGGCGGUGACGACGAGCAACUUCCCGUCCAGCACGCGGUCGGCGAAGAGCUCAAGUUCACCGGCAGGCUCGGCGGUGGCCUGUGGUUGGACGUGAAGAGGAAGACGCCGUGGUACUGCAGCGACAUCUACGACGGCUUCCACAUCCAGAGCGUCUCGGCCGUGCUCUUCAUCUACUUGGGCUGCAUCACCAACGCCAUCACCUUCGGCGGCCUGCUGGGCGACGCCACCGACAACUACCAGGGCGUGAUGGAGAGCUUCCUGGGUACGGCGUUGGCCGGAAGCGUCUUCUGUUUGUUCGGCGGGCAGCCGCUCAUCAUCCUCAGCUCCACCGGCCCCAUUCUCAUCUUUGAGAAGCUCCUCUACGAGUUCUGCAAGAACAACAGCGUGGACUACAUGGAGCUGCGCCUGUGGAUCGGGAUCCACUCGUGCCUGCAGUGCUUGGUCUUGGUGUUGUCCGACGCCAGCUACAUCAUCCAGUACAUGACCCGCUUCACAGAGGAAGGCUUCUCCAGCCUCAUCUCCUUCAUCUUCAUCUCCGACGCCAUCAAAAAGAUGGUGGGCGCCUUCAAGUAUUACCCCAUCAACCGCUCCUUCAAGCCCGACUAUGCCACGUCCUACAAGUGCGACUGCGUGGCUCCAGACCAGGGUGAGUUCUCCUCCUGCAGGUCCCAAAGAGCCCCUCGCUCUUCACGUUCAUCUUUUGUGUUCCUCCCUGCUCGCUGGCGGCCACGUGCCCUGAACACAUCUCGCCGGCGACAUCUCAGCUCCUCUGGCCGACGACAACGCGUCGCUUCCGUUCAACGCCAGCGAUCUGGACUGGACUCGGCUGAGCAAGACGGAGUGCGUGGAGUACGGCGGCGCCCUGGUGGGCAAAGCGUGCAAGUACGUGCCCGAUCUGGCCCUCAUGUCCUUCAUCCUCUUCUUCGGCACCUACUCCAUGACCGUGGCGCUCAAGAAGUUCAAGUUCAGCCGCUACUUCCCCACCAAGCUGCGUCAGCUGAUCAGCGACUUUGCCAUCGUCAUCUCCAUCCUUCUCUUCUGCGGACUGGACGCCUUUCUGGGCCUGGACACGGCCAAACUGCACAUUCCCAUGCACAUCAAGACACGCCCAAACUGAUCGUUCCCACUGAGUUGAAGCCCACGCGCGCCGACCGCGGCUGGUUGGUGAUGCCGUUCGGGAGGAAUCCGUGGUGGUGGUACCUGGCCAGCUUCGUGCCGGCGCUGCUGGUCACCAUCCUGAUCUUCAUGGACCAGCAGAUCAGCGCCGUCAUCGUCAACCGCAAGGAGAACAAACUCAAGAAAGGUUGCGGGUACCACCUGGACCUGUUCUGGGUGGGCAUCCUGAUGGCCGUGUGCUCCUUCAUGGGGCUGCCGUGGUACGUGGCCGCCACAGUCAUCUCCAUCGCGCACAUCGACUCGCUCAAGAUGGAGAGCGAGUCCAGCGCCCCCGGGGAGCAGCCCCAGUUCCUGGGGGUCCGCGAGCAGAGGCUGACCGGAACUCUGGUCUUUGUCCUCACGGGACUUUCUGUGUUCCUCGCCCCCGUCCUGCAGUACAUCCCCAUGCCGGUGCUGUACGGCGUCUUCCUCUACAUGGGUGUGGCUUCGCUCAGCGGGAUCCAGUUCUGGGAGCGCAUCAAGUUGUACCUGAUGCCGCCCAAGCACCAGCCGGACUUUGCCUUCCUGCGUCAUGUCCCUCUGCGCCGAGUCCACCUUUUCACCCUGGUCCAGAUCACCUGCCUGGCCGUCCUCUGGGUCCUCAAGUCCACCUUCCUGGCCAUCAUCUUCCCCGUGAUGAUCCUGGGUCUGAUGGUGGUGCGGAAGCUUCUGGAUAUGAUGUUUUCCCAGCAUGACCUGGCCUGGCUGGACGACCUCCUGCCCGACAAAGACAAGAAAAACGAAGAUGACAAGAAAAAGAAGAAGAAGAAGAAGAAGAAGAAAAGCGCCACCGAGGCGGAGAGCGACGAGGAGUGUUGCUAACGUUGCUGCCUGCAGUUUCUUCUUCCGCUUGCUUCUCCCUGAGCACAACGCCACGGCCUUUUGUCUGCGCUCGUGUCCACGACAACAAGCGCGUCCGCGGCGACGUCCCGCGUUCACCCGAAAGCGGGCUGACACCACUUUAGGGUGAUCUCUUUUUUGCUCGUCUGAUGCGGGCGGGGCUUGGCUCAACUCAGCAUGUUGACUCCUCCCAUUCUAUGUGACCACGCCUCCUGCAGUCCUCAUGGAGCAACCUGACCACGCCCACACUAAC